GUGAUUAAGCCCUUCUCGCGGUGUUGGCAACGACACCAGCUUCACGUCCUCGCCAGGAAUCGUGAAGCACGUGAUAGGAUUGUUACCGGUCGCAAACCAUCGCCGGAGUGCUUGUAUAGGUGUGCUUGGAAGCGCAAAUUUCGCCGUCGAGUGUAUUUGAUCAAGAGGAUUAAUUAAUUAGAACAAAUAGCAAACUAAUUAAUUUCAGCUUUCACUGGUCCCGGGCUGACAGGCUCAACCUCAAGUAGGUAAGAGUAAACCGAAAACGGAGCGAACAGCUCGCGGUGCGGGAAAUAUACGAACGUCUGCGAAUCCAAACAGAACUUCAGACAAAGUUUCGAUUCCAGAUUUCGCAUGGUCCUAGAAUACAUCCGGAUUCAGUUGGGGUACCCGGCGUUUAGGAUUUGAGGUAAAGUGCCACCACCCCACCCCAUGGAAAAGUAAAAUCAUCAGCCGGGAGACGACCAAGUUGGAAAAUUGAUUUCCUCUGGAAAUUCUCUCCUCUUCACACUUUAUAUCUGUUGUUCGGAAAGCCAGUCGCCAAGCUGACGAGUUGAGUCCCUAAUCAAACGAACGCUGAAAGCCAUGGAUCCUCACAACCCGUUUAGUUUCCAUCUGGGGCCUCCAUCUGGAUCAGUCCAUGCUCACCACCCAGAACCUACCCCAAGCCCUCCACAAAGCGUCCCAGGCAGACGUACUCCACUUGGAACAGUCGGUCUCGGUGGAUUCUACGCUCAACCGCAUGCAGGUUCUUCUGCAUCACUCACUGAUGAAAACCGUCCAUCGGGUAGCGCCGAAAGCCAUUUCAGUGCCGUACCCCAUCACCAGCCCCCCGCGGGAACCGGUGGCGGAAAACAGAAAAACCGACAGGGCAAGUCCGUCAGGUUGAACAUCAACGCACGUGAACGACGUCGGAUGCACGAUUUGAAUGAUGCACUCGAUGAGCUGCGCAGCGUUAUUCCUUAUGCGCAUUCACCUUCCGUGAGGAAGCUUUCAAAGAUUGCCACGCUGCUGUUGGCCAAGAACUACAUUCUCAUGCAGGCGAACGCGUUGGACGAGCUGCGAAGACUACUAGCCUACAUUCAAAGCGCGGCCGGAGCGGGUGCUCCAACGAUAGACUUGAGAACAAUGCCUUCUGCAUUGAAGCUUCAACAGUUACUGCAGACUCCCCAACAGGAGCUACAGCAACAGGCUCAGCAACAGCUUCAACAGUUGCAACAACAGCACCAGCAACAACAACAGCAAUCCCAUCAGCAGCAAGGAGGUCCCCCACCAAAUUCUAAUGCUUGAAUUCGCAUGGUGCCCAGAUGUUAGUUCUCUAGUGAUGCCAAACGAACUCUCAUAACGAAGAGACAGCAUAAUUAUUGAUCCUAGUCAAGAAAAUCCAAAAACAAGAAUUAUUUAAUUAAUGAUAGAACUUACCUCUAGAAUCUCACAGUGUAGCAAUAAGUGUCGAUACUAGUCGAGUUUUUGUAAUGCGACGGCGUGGUCAAGUUGUAUUUCAUAUUUUAAGUAUUUAAUAAAUCGUAGCAGUUUUAGCGUA